AUGUACAUUUCCACAGCUGUCAACAAGAAACAGUCCGCCAAAAAGAAGAGCAAGUUGUGCACAUGGUGUAAGCCUUGUUGUAACUGCUUUGUUUGGCUCACUCAACAGAAGGAAGCUGUCUCCUUCUGGACCUUGAAUGUCACCAUACUGAGCGCAAAGCAGCAUCAGUCUGAAGAUUACUGGAAUGAAUCUGACUGCUAUGUCAUUCUAUCUCUCCCCACGGGAACGACAAGGACCUGCCGCACAAAAACAGUGCCAAACUGCAACAACCCAGAGUGGAAUGAAACUUUUACCUUCAGGGUCCCCACUCAAGUGAAAAACAUUUUAGAGAUCAAGAUGUAUGAUGAGGACCCAAUGGCGCGUGAUGACCUGAUUUCUACACAUCUGUUUGACAUCAGCAACCUCACAGUAGGGCAGAAGGAGUCCAAGGUUUUCACCAUAAACCCUGAGGCUGCCCCAUUCUCUGCACUGGAUAUUGACGUUGACAAGCUCCUAAGCAAUGAGCGUAUUAGGGACAAGGUGCUGAAACUGAGGGGGGCCUAUCGGGAGAUUAAAAUGCCUAAUGCAAAGGAAACCCCCAAACUGCGUUUCUAUAUCAACAGAGACUUGGAGACAGAACUAGGAGUGGCACCCUCUGAUACAUUUGCCUCUGUUGCCUCAAUGGAAACUUCUAUAAAUCUCCCACCACUUCCAGCCAAAUAUGUUGGCAAACUGUCUCUUGUUAUUGAUCAGGACACAGUGGAUUUAAACGUGGAAAUGCAUGAAUGCGAGGAGGAAUCUCUUGCAGUACGUCUGGACUUUAACAUCCCACCUCAAGAGAAAGAGUAUUUGAAGAAGAGGAAAGUUGUAGUGGCACAGGCUUUGCAGAAGCUUUUAGGCCUUGGGUCUCAACCUGAACCUAAAAAGGUGCCAACUAUAGCGGUGGUGGCUUCAGGGGGAGGGGCCAGAGCAAUGACAGGCCUGCUUGGUAGUUUGAGGGGCCUGAAGGAUAUAGAGGUCCUGGAUGCUGCCAGUUACAUCACUGGUGUUUCUGGAUCAACAUGGGCUAUGUCUACUCUGUAUCAGGAAGUUAACUGGUCACAGCAGGACAUAGACAUUAUCAUCUCAGCAGCCAAGGACCAGAUGACGAAGAGCGUCCUGAGUGUCUUCUCUCCUGAGAAACUGCAGUAUUACAGUGAAGUAAUGGCAGAGAGAGGAAACGAGGGUUACAUUGUGUCACUCAUUGAUAUGGCAGGCCUAAUCCUUGAGCAUCUGGUCUUUGGGAAAAAAGUCACCAAUACCCUGUCUGAGCAGCAGAGAGCAGUGAAUGAAGGGCAAAACCCUUUACCCAUAUACACUGCUGUCAAUAUGAAGGAUGGGUUAAAGGGCUGUGAAUUUGAAGCUGAGCACAACACAGACAGACUGGCUAAGAGGAAGAGGGGAAAGGAGCAGAAGGCUAAUGCCACAUUUACACAUAGCCAGGGCCUUCCUCUGAGCAGCAUCGAAGACGGUGAUGCCAGGAGGCUGAAUAAGCUUAUUAAGAAAGCUGGUUCUGUCACCCUGGAGACUGUAGAAGAGGUGGUCAAUUGGAGGAUGAGGUCCAAACUCCUGGCCAUUAUGGACAAACCCUCCGAUCACAUGACACUGUGUCAGAGCAGAGAAGCUCCUUUAGCAACAGACUAUUACAACUGA